UUGCUUCUUUUCCGGAAAUAAGCCUCCUGUCGCCCUUUUCCAAAAUGACUUGUUUUUCUUUUUAAAACUCUCCCAAGAAAGAGCGUACAUGACCCAACAACUUCGUGGCUCGACGUCAUGGCGGAAUCUCUGGAGCGCUCCGCCAAGCUCAACUCACUGAAGGAGCCGGCGUUGAAGAAGCUGUGCGACGUGUUGGACCGAACCCCCGGCAAAGGAUGGCGAAGACUCGGGGAGAUAGUCGCCGAGGAGCGCCGCUUCAAAAUCGGUCCAGACGACAUGGAGAUGUGCUCUCUGAAGGUCCUGCAGCCCGACGGCAGCCCGAGCCGCAUGCUGCUGAGGCUCAUGGGAGAGCGAGGCUGCACGUGCGGCCACUUGAUGGACUACAUCCACAUGCUGGGCAACACAGAGGCCCUGCACUGUCUCAACGCGCCAGUCUUUCAGAUCAUCAUCCAGCCGCAAUCGGUGUCACUACUAUGCGGUCACAACCUGCGCCUGAGCUGCCACGCUGUGGGCCAGUCGCCGGUGCAGUACCAGUGGUUCAAGUCCAAGGAAGAGGUGCCAAACGGCUCAUCCCCUGAAUUGGCCAUCAGUGGCAUCCAUGUGAAAGACGGCGGCUUCUACAUCUGCCGUGUCAACUGCGGCGACACCUUCCAGUUCAGCCAGUGGGCUCAAGUGGACGUCCUGGAUGUGUCUACGUCAUGCGGUGGUUUUCUCCCAAAUCCAGGCCAGAACAUCCAGUCCUUGGCUGGUCGUCUCAAGGUAGCCGUCCAGCCUCGCCCACAGCAGCUGCUCGUCGGCGCCACCCUGCAGCUGGAGGGUGGCGUUGUUGGGCGCCCCAUCCCUCGCUAUCAGUGGCAUCGUGAUGGCGCGCCUGUCCCAGAUGCCACCAGGAGGAAACUCACCAUUCCCAACGCCACGCAGGACCACCAGGGCCGGUAUCGCUGCGAGAUCAUCAGCGGUGGCGAGAGGACGUGGACCAAUGAGGUGGAGGUCGUGAUUGCUCCAAGGACCCUGGUCCAGAUUUCAGGAGCAAUGGAGUGCUCUGAAGAUGAUGUUUAUGCCAUUGGAGGAGGUUCCACUGAUUUCCUCCUAAACAGUAUUCCUGAGCAACUCUAUGCUACGGACAAAGUGGCACUGCUGAUAGGCAACCUGUCCUACCAGAACCACCCACAGCUCAAAGCGCCCAUGGUGGACGUGUAUGACCUCACCAACGUGCUGCGGCAGCUGGAUUUCAAGGUGGUCUCCCUGCUGGACCUCACUGAGUCAGAAAUGCGCAACGCCGUGCACCAGUUCCUGCUGCUGCUCCAUAAAGGAGUUUACGGCUUGCUGUACUACGCUGGGCACGGCUAUGAGAACUAUGGCAACAGUUUCAUGGUGCCAGUGGACGCACCUAAUCCAUACCGUUCGGCCAACUGCUUGUGCGUGCAGAGCAUCCUCAUGCUGAUGCAGGAGAAGGAGACGGGUCUCAACGUCUUCCUGCUGGACAUGUGCAGGAAGAGGAAUGUCCAUGACGACAGCACGCACAACGUCGUCUUGAGGGUGACGGCCAACAUCGUCUUCGGAUACGCAACGUGUCAAGACGCCGAGGCCUUCGAGCUGAGCUCCAGCAGCUUCACCAACGGCGUGUUCGUCAAGUUCCUGAAGAAACGCCUGCUGGACGACGAGAAGAUCACUGUGUUGCUGGACAGAGUUGCAGAAGACAUGGGUCAGUUUGACGCCACCAGGGGCAAGCAGGCGCUGGAAAUCCGCAGCAGCCUGUCAGAGCGGAGGGCCCUGACAGACCCGGUGCUGCCCGGUGCUGCUGACCUCCUCCACAGUCAGCAGUGGGCCAAAGCUCACGAGCUUCCCGAGAGCAUGUAUUUGGAUUUUGAGUGCGGCGCUCAGAUCAAGUUGGGCUUCGCCGCCGAGUUCUCCAACGUCUUGGUCAUGUACACGUACAUCGUUCGGAAACCCCCCGACCUCUUGCUAUGCCAAGCGCAUGUCACCGACUUCCCACAGGAGCUGGACGUGGACCCCAAGGAGAUGAAUAAGAUCACUCCGGAGGACACGGGCAUCUACCUGCUGUCCAGCAGCCUGCCGCAGCAUUGCCUCUACACCAGACUCUGCUCACUGCAGAAGCUCAAGGAGGAGCUGGUAUUCAAUGUGUGCCUCCGGGGCGCCACCGCAGCCAUGGACGCCGACGACAGCGUCUGCUGGACCGAGAGCGUCGACAUCGGCAAGCCGCUGAUCGCCCGCCUGGACCUGCAUCAAGCCACGCGGCCCAACAGCUGCCUGCUGACGUGCCCCGUGCCCCACAGCCCCAAUCGCAACCCCGUGGCCCGGCACCAUCACCCGCACCCGCACCCGGAUCAUCCCUCGGGCCAGGACCACAGCCGCCUGGCGCCCCAGCAUCGCCGGCCGGACGUCUAUGAGCAGAUGGGGGCGUGCGGCUCCAGCAUCCCCAUCGAGGCCAGCGACGACAUAGAUGAGCUGCAGACUGCGUUCAUCAACAGCCUGCAGCUCCGGCAUCCUUGAGACGGGCCGUUAAACCAGUAGGAGUACAGUAGCCCCCCACUAAAAAUGUUUACAAUUGCCUCUAGUCAUAGUUUAAACUACAGUAAUCUCCCCCAAAUUCAAGGUUCAUGAGUCACAAAUUCAUCUAUUCACAUUUUUUCUGUGGAACCUGUCCUCAGCUAGUUGCUGACAAACUCUCUGCUUCCUGUACAGUUUUGUAAAUGUACAGGUACUGUACUUACAUACCCAUCUAUUUACCUUCUUACAGUGCUAUGGAAAAGUAUUGGCCCCCUUCUCAAAUUCUCAUAUUUUUGCAUAGUUUCCCCACUUUAAUGAUUAAGAUCAUCAAACAAAUGUAAAUAUCAGACUUAAAAUGCUGUUUUUAAAUGGUGAUUUCAUUUUAAAAACUAUCUGGCCCUGUGUGAAAAAGUAGUGACUGGUUGGGCCGCCCUCAGCAGCAACAACUGAAGUCAAGCGUUUUCUAUAACUGACAAUGAGUGUUUAAAAAAAAAAGUUUAAGCCGCUGUAACAUUGUUUUGAACGUUUAAUUCGGGUACUGUCACAUACAAUUAGAGGGAGCCGGCGUACCACGAGUGGUAUCCUACCACACUUAUGCAAUCAGUGAACUGUAGACAAUUUGAGGGUCGCAGUCCUCUCGGGAGUCCCCUCUGGAACAUGCAUGCUGGCCUAUGAUUGAGCGACAACAAAAUACGGUUGUACACGUUAUAGACGUUUUACUGACGUGACAUCCUAUGCAGAAGGACUGACUAAGCCAGACACACACAAUUUAUCAAAUGUUUAUCAUCGAGAUAUUGACAUCAUGCACACUAAACUUAUCGCCAAGACAACCUGAACUAAGUUAAUUAAGAUGUGGUAACGAAUUACAUCUUGUAGCUAUACACGUUUAUUUAUCAGAAGUCAUAUUGCAUAAUUGCAGUUUUUUCUCAUCUUGUGCAGGCCUAAUACACACGGGAAUGAAAUUACUGAUGGUUGUGGUUGCUGAUGAACCCAUGUAUAUGGGAUGGGGCAUGUACAGACAAAUUAAUUAAUUAAGCUAUUUAUUCAUAUUCACUUAGUAGCAGAGCCAGCUCAAUGACAGUAACGGUUGACUUUAGGCAGAAAAUAACAUUUACCAGUAAGCACGACGAGGUUAUAGUCGGCACUUCUCGCCAGUAGCAAGCAAACUAAUGUUAGUCAAAUUAUCAAUUUCACUUCAAGCAUCACAAAGUAUCUAACCUAACUUAAGAUUCUAUUAAUAAGGUCUUUGGUGUUUGUCGAUAUCCAGCCGUUGAGGGCCGGGCUCAGCGCAGCUUGCGCUGGCAACGGACUCCUGUGUGGCGGUACGACCACCCCCCUUUCUGUUUUAUUCUUUUAUUCUUGUUGGUCUUGUGGCAGUGCCGAGCCACUGGCCCAUCGGCCCACCGGGGAUAUCCCCGGUCUACCCGUACGCCAGUCCACCCUUGGGCAUUUUACAUGUUCACCUCCUUCCACCUUUCUCAACUGAUUACAUUCUCAACCAUUAAAGCUAUUUUCAGUGUAUUAUAUUUGACCAUUUUUAAAACAGGCAAAUUUCAGCAAGGCUAUAAAUGUAGUGUAAAGUGUUUAAAUUUUUUGUAUCCUUGGGGCACGAACAUGCUUUUAAGAGACCCGACAAUUGUUUUAAAUUCUGAAAAAUACUGAGUAUGUCUCCUUUAAAUAAAGAAAUGAUAA